UAGUUUUUACUCCUUCCAUUAUUUUUAUUUCAACAGUCCCUCUGCAAAGUUCGAGUUCUUCAUUUUCUACUAAUCUAGCAGCCUCCACUGUAGCUCACGCACUCCACUGGUUCGUAUUGUGAUUUUUAAUUUCUUCUUCAAGUUUCUCGGUCCAUAUUUUCUACUAAUCCGUUGUAGCGGGGCGAAACUCCACGACGGCAAUUACACGCGCUGUGUCGUUCUCGAGCGGCCUCUCCCCUCCGCACCGCCGCGAACUUUUCGAUUAAGUACUUAGCUUGAAGGUCGCCCUUGUCCCAAUUAUCCUUGAUUUUCCCAUAGCAUAGCAUUUUAAGUGUGAAUUUCUGAUUUUAGGGUUUUUACUUUUAUUCAUUCUAAUUAAUCUUACCCUGCAAUUCAAUAGGAUAGGAACCAACAUUUUAACUGUGAAUUUCUGAUAUUAGGGUUUUCUCAUUGCAGUUUUUUUCCCUUUUGUUUUCAAUCCAUUUUCAGGUUCAUUGUGUUGUUCUUGGUUAAGGCUUUAAAAAUGGCAUUAUGCCAUCCUUUCUUAAUCACCAAUCAUGGACCUGUAACUUCUCUAACUUCCACCUUUCUCUCUGGAACAACACCUUUAUCCUUUUCUAUCAAUAGAAAACCAAAAAUCUAUAACCUCCAAAAUCACUCUCUUUCGAUUUCAUGUUCUUCUGUUAAAACUGUACGCGACGGCACUCUAGAUAGACAUGUUGUCAUGAAGAACAGAAUCCGGUUUGUUCAGAAGCUGAAAACUUUGCUUCUUUCUAAACCAAAACAUUACAUUCCAAUUCACAUUUUAUCCAAAUGUAGGGCUUAUCUUUCACUUCACAAGCCUCGGUCCUUAAUUUCUAUGAUUCACCGAUAUCCGUCCAUUUUUGAACCGUUUACUAUCCCUUGGCCUGCCGUACCUCUCAAUGCAACAAAGUUGUAUCCUCAGCUCUGUGUUCGCUUAACUCCUGCUGCAGCCACCCUUGCAGCCGAGGAAUUGAAUCUUCAAUAUUCUAUUUCGACGGUAUUGGCAAACAAACUCCAUAAACUUCUUAUGUUAUCAUCCCACCGCCGAUUGCUUUUGGCAAAACUGGUUCAUCUUGCUCCUGAUCUUGGUCUUCCGCCUAAUUUCAGAGCCCGGUUGUGCAAUGACCAUCCAGACAAAUUCAAGAUUGUUAACACUUCAUAUGGCUGUGCACUUGAACUUGUAUCAUGGGAUACCGACUUGGCAAAGGCUUUACCACCUCGCGAGUCCCAUUCACGUGAUUUAAUAGUUGACCGACCUUUGAAGUUCAAGCAAUUGAGACUUAGAAAGGGGCUUAAUUUAAAGAGGCCUCACCAGGAAUUCUUGCUAAAGUUUGAAGAAAUGCAAGAAGUGUGCCCCUAUAGCAUCCCCGCUGAGAGUUUGGCCAAGGAAUCGAUUGAGGCAGAAAAGAGAUGUUGUGCUGUUAUAAGAGAGGUUCUUGGAAUGACAGUUGAAAAGAGGACUUUAAUAGACCACUUGACCCAUUUCAGAAAGGAGUUUGGCCUCCCAAACAAGUUGAGAGGAUUGAUUGUGAGGCAUCCGGAGUUAUUUUAUACAAGUAUGAAAGGGCAAAGGGACUCAGUUUUCCUAGUCGAGGAGUUCGAUGAGAAUGGUAACUUAUUACAGAAGGAUGAGGUUUUAGCCUUACAAAAUAAAUGGAUGGACUUGGCGAAGGAGUCCAAGAGAAUGAGAAAAGAGAGAAGGAAGGCUAGGGCUGAUAAAAAUAUUGGCAGGUUGAGCGGUGUUAAUCAAAAGCACGACGAGAGCGAUGUUGAUUCUGAUGAUGAUAUUGAGAUUGAUAAUUUUGAAGAUGGUUAUGAUGAUGGUUUUGAGGAUAUAUUUGAAGAUUUGGAUUUCGAAGCAGAGGAUUAUGACAACAGAAACAAUUUGUCUGCCAACAAGAUUGGGGAAUUUUGGACUGCAGGACCUUUUCCAAUUCAAAAUGGUUUGGACGGAGAACAGAAACAACCUUGGUAAUUUUCAAAAUGAAGAACAAAAUUUUUGAUCUGGGUUAAGGGAAUGAGUUUCAGCAGUCUGUACCAUAUGAUGAUGGAGAUAAUGUUCUAUACUGGACUAUUGGCUCUUGAAUAUUGGUCAUUCAAAGGAAGACCGUGUCUAUAAUGUGAUCGGUUGUACUUGUACAUAUUGAAGGUUUGACCUCUUGGUAUUAUCUGUCUUUCGAAGAUUAUUUUUAAUUUCAAUAUUAUUUUUAUAAAUCAACUUAUAUAUAGGAAUAUUGAUUUGCAAAUGAGUGAUGACUCUAGUUUUAGGGGUUAUCUACAGAAUCCUCCUUUUCUCCUUAUGAUUAUGCAGUGCUUCUGAUUCCAACUGUUUUUUUUAUGGUCUCUGUAUAAGAAUGAUCUUAAGCAACAAGAACUUGAAACUUUGGAGCCAAGACAUUAGCUUUUUAUUCAUUACCAUGUCAAAUAUUUUUAUUUGUUCAAUUGUAUAUAAAAAUUAUAUUUUAUCAUUUCUAGCUCUGAUUUCCUUUGAGGUGCUUUUGAUGGAAUAAGAGGCAGUUUUCGAAGCCUGAUUUUGAACUCAAGGAGUUGUAAAAAUAUAACGUUUACAGAUUCAAGAAUUGUAUUAGCAAGAAGGAGGGUGUGAAUAGUAUUCAUUUAAAGUUGAUAUGAAUGGAUCAAUUUCUUCAAGGAAGGAGUAUAAUGUAAGCCCAUAAGGGAUAUUAGACCAUUUUUGAGUUUUAUUUUGAUGGUCUCGCAACCAAGAGCGGAUUCGGAAGUCGGUUAUGCAAGGGGGAGGUAUUAGCACCCCUCACAUCCAUGGUACUCCAUGAGAACCACUUGCUCGUAUCAAAUGCGUAUGGAUGGUUGUGCUUGCCUUGGCUCGAUGCUACUGCGGGAUGUUGCUAUGGUUUUGUUGCAUUGGCUGACUUGAACGGUAAGUUGUUGUGCUAUGCAAUGUCAACAUGGUUGUGCUUUCCUUGGCUCGAUGCUACUGCGGGAUGUUGCUAUGGUACCAUUGCUGUUCUGGAAUUGUCGAAUGGAUGCAGCAGACUAGUGAUGUUACAAGUUUUAAUAACAGGUUGGUUUCCAUUUGAAGGUUGAAUCCCACUGUGUAGACAGAGUUCAACUGAAUCGCUCGUACACCACUGGGCUGCUUCCGUCCAUCCAAAGGUGUCAGAGUGAAGCUGGCGGUUCGCUUGGCAAGGUUACAUGAUGGGUUUAUCGUGAGUUGACGAAAGUAAUGGUUUAUUGUGGACGGUUAACAAUUAGUUAAAUUGAAGGUGCUGCUGCUUUGGAAUUGUUGCGGGGUUGAGUUUUGCCGACGGUUUUAUGCAGCCUUUGCGGGUUCGGCAUUGCUUGUACAUGUUCAAGCUGGCCUUGGCGAAGCAUCUAUGAUUUCUUAAGCUUCUUCAUACUUACGAUCAUGCUUCAUCCCUCGGUUGAACCUAUUCCCAUUCGGAUACUUACGAUCCUGCAGACAGAAGAAGAACCACUCCAAAUCCUUGUCCUCACAACAGAUCAUAAUCAAAACCUACGGCACUACCAAGUUACUACUUGCAAUCCCACCGAUAUUGAGAUUGGCCGAAUCCAUUUCUCUAAAUGUUAGAUCUGUGAGGUACACCCGAGGCAGCUUCAUUUUCCCUAGUGCUCAGUCUUUUCCUCAUCGCCACUUUUCCGAAGAAGUAGCUGUCCUUGAUGGCUUCUUUGGCAAACUUGGAUCAGGUAGCAUGGCUUAUAUUUUGGGUGGAUCCGAUGAAGCCCAAAAUUGGCAUGUCUACCGUGCCUCUGCUGAUUCCGUGAGCACAGCAGAUUCUGUUUACACACUCGAGAUAUGUAUAACCGGCUUAGACCGAAAAAAGGGAAAUUCAGCUUUUGUAUAGUGAAAAAGAUUUUAGGAAUUUUGAAUGCUAUGUAUGCUUGCAAAUGUUGGAUGCUAUGUAUUUGAUGUUAUCCAAGAUUUGUAUCAUGUAAAACAAGUCGCGACCAUGUAUGUUUGAAUGCUAUUGCCUUGUACACUCCGUAUUUAACUUGGAUCCACAUUGUAUUA